AUGGUUCUCAUUGAACUUACAAAAGAAUUUGGAUAUGUUAUUUUGACUGGAGUUGCUUCGGUAUUCUUAACAACUUACCUUGGCGUAAAAGUAGGAAGAGCACGUAAAAAUGCAGGAAUUCCUUAUCCUCAUGUUUAUGCAACAAAAGAAGAAUGCGAAAAAGAUGAAAAGAAUAUGCUCUUCAAUUGUUAUCAAAGAGCUCAUCAGAAUACCUUGGAAGUUUAUCCCGGCUUUCUUUUAUUACUUCUUGCUGGUGGAAUUAAAUAUCCAGUCAUUUCUUCGGUUGCUGGUGGAAUUUGGAUUUUAGGUCGUUUGUUUUUUGCUUGGGGUUAUUAUUCCGGUAAUCCAAAGAAUAGAUUGAGAGGUGCUUUUGGUUAUCUCGGACUCUUUACGUUAUUAGGCACUUCAAUUGCUACUGGAGUUUCUUUAUUAUGUCCCUAA